AUGAGUUCGGUCACUUCUAGAGACAUCUUAUUAUUCAUACCUAACAAGAUUGGAUAUGUCCGGGUUAUCACGGCCAUAGUGCUGUUCUUUUGUAUGAAGAAUCAUCCCAUCUAUACGUUGAUUUUGUAUGGGAUAAGUGGGUUUCUUGAUGCCUUUGAUGGCUAUGCAGCCCGGAUGUUUAACCAGGGCACUAAAUUUGGUGCUGUUCUAGAUAUGGUAACUGACCGGUGUGCCACCUCAUCAUUGAUUGUGUAUUUAGGAGUAAUUUAUCCGGAUUAUUUUAUUCUUUGGCAAUUGUUGGUGUCGUUGGAUUUGGCCAGCCAUUACAUGCACAUGUACUCUCUGUUGUCUUCGGGUUCAACAUCUCAUAAGAAUGUCGAUAAGGAUCAAAGUCGGUUGUUGGCUCUUUAUUAUACCAAUAGAAAGGUUUUAUUCUUUGUGUGUAUGGUCAAUGAGUUCUUUUAUAUGGCACUUUAUUUGCACCAUUAUCACUUCUUCUGGUUGGGGACGGUCACGGUAUUUCUCAGUACUCCCGUAUGGUUAUUCAAACAAGUGGCAAAUGUUAUUCAAUUGAAAAAUGCUGCUCUUAAUUUGGCCCUUAUUGAUGCUGAGGAAAGAUCAAAGAAGCACUAA